CGAAGACUCCUUUCCUUUCUUCAUCUACAAUUCCAUUGACCAUUGACCGGUCUAACCAAAAGGGAAUACUAUAUAAUGCAACACAUCAAAAACCCACUCAUAAUCUUUCACUGCCAAAUAUUCACUUUCCUCAACAACAAUUCCUGGCGUUGCAAAAAUGGAGAACUUUGGAGGCGACCGUGAGGGAGAGUUUAGGAAACUCAUAAGUGAGCUUGCAGAAGGGCGGGACGCCGCGGCAAAGCUCCAGAUGAUUCUGAAUGGGCCGCCCCCGGCCCAUUCUGAUCACGAGUUAUUAUUGCUUCACAAUGUCAUUUCUUCCUACAACAAGGCCCUCGCCAUGCUCAACUACAACAACCCGUGCUCCGAGAGCACUCCUCCCGUGCCACCGGGUCCCGCAUUCGGAACAGAAACUUCUUCCGCAUUUACGGGAAGCCCUCACAGUGAAGAGGAUUCCGACCGCGGGGACGAUGGUUCGCGUAAGAGAAAAGCUCCCCGUUGGACGCAGAAAGUUCAGGCGUGUCACGAGUCCGGGUUUGAAGGAUAUCCCGAUGACGGCUAUAUCUGGAGAAAGUAUGGGCAGAAAGACAUCCUUGGGACCAGAUAUCCGAGAGGCUAUUUUAGAUGCACACAUAGACAUGCCCAAGGUUGUUUGGCCACCAAACAAGUCCAGAGAUCCGACGAGGAUCCCAACAUUUUCAACAUCACAUACUGCAGAAACCACACCUGCAACCAGCCGCAGACCGGCGGAGCCGCCAGCCACCACCAGCUGCCGCCCCAGAACCCGGCGGAGAGCCAAUUGCCCAUUAACCCCAUCACCCAACUGUCCCAACAAGAAACUACCCACCACCAUGAAAACCAACCAUUGUCUUACCAUUACUUUCACGACUUCCCUACAACCACGACAAACGCCACAACGGAUCAUCACCACCGCUAUGGUUUCCAGCAGCAUUACGACCCGAAUUUCGGAUGGAAUGCGUCUUCGUCAAGGGGCUUCGGCCUUGUUGAAGGCAACCAGAUUACUACUACUAGUGUGAGUGGGAUUUUUGGGUCCACACCAGUUUCAUUGACAAGUUCAUCUUAUGUUGAUCAAAGCUUCCCUUUUGCCGCUAUGGGAUUGGACUCUAACAUCACCUUUGAAUACCAUGGUAAAUUUGACAAUUGACUGUCUGCAUAGAGAGUGUAAUUAUUUCACUGUUUAAUUAGUAGUGUAUAGUAAUUAAACAGCUAUAUAAAAUACAUGUCUGCUG